UCUGGUUCGUAUAUAAACUUGAGGGGCUGUUUUUUGUCUUCUUCCUUUGUUCCCAACAAAAUUUCAGGAGCUUAACCCUCUGAAUUCGAUUGAUCUUAUAGCUUUUCUGGAUUCAUACCAUUCGCUACAGAUAGGAAGAAUGGAUGUAAAAGUAGCGACAACGACGUCUUUUCAUUGGUCAGGACGCCAUGCGGCGAUCCCUUCUCUCUCGCAAACCUUGACCUCUUCAAAACGCCGUCGUUCUCGUGGAAGAGGCGGAGGAUCUUUAUCAUCAUGCCAAACGAGAUUGAAAGCUUCCGCUUUUCUCGGUACCCAAUCUGGGAAACUCCACCGCUCCAAAUCUUGUGAGCUUUUGGAAUUCUCCACCAAGAGUAAACUUUACCCUCUCCGGAGAGUUUGCAGCGCGAGCUCCGGUUUCUUCUCCGACGAAGAAUUCUCGGCGAAGAUGCAAGAAUUAGCUAUUCAAUUCAAGAUCGCAGGCGAAGAAGAAGACAAAGUAGUAGUAGUAGGUAACGAUCGUAGGAACCACAGAUUCGGGAAUGCGAAGCUACUACUACAUGAGUCCGUUCCAGGUUUAGCUUCGCUGGAGGCUCCAUGGAUGGAGAUGGUUAGCCAUUCCAGCAUUGAGCGGAAAGCAAACCGUGUUGAUUUGCCUCUCUCCCUUAGAAUGAUUAAGAGGAAGCUACAAGAAGAGGCGCUCAGAGAAGCUAGAGAGUCUACUUAUUGUUCUAUCGACAAAGCCUUCUCUUCUCUGGUCUUCAUGAUCGAGGAGAUGCACAGCUUUGCCUUGCAGACUAGGGAGGGUGUUGUUCAGCAGGUUAAGAAGGAUAUGCACGCUUCAUUGCUGUGGAUGUUCCAGCGCGUGUUCUCUCAAACUCCUACUUUGAUGGUUUACGUGAUGAUCCUAUUGGCGAACUUCACUGUGCACUCAGUUGCAUCGAAUCUAGCUAUUGCAGAAUCACCCCCAGGCUCUGCUGGGACAAAAGAAGACUCAGUUUUAGGACAAGGGAUAAGAGAAGAGGAGCUGAGUCUGUGGAAUUCGAUGGUGGAAGAAGCUGAUCAAAUGCAAGGUUCCCCUGUGGAUCGUGACAUGAGGCUGAGACUUGUUUCACCCAUCAUUGCAAGGGUUGCUUUGGACGAUAAUGCCAAUUACACUAGAACGGAGCUUUUCUAUAAGAUAGGUUUGGCUCAAGAACCCAACAACCCUUUGCUCUUAGCCAACUACGCUCAGUUCCUUUACCUUGUCUCUCAAGACUACGACAGAGCGGAGAAGUGUUUCAAGAAAGCCAUUGAGUCAGGAGAAGCAGACGCGGAAGCGUACAGCAAAUACGCCAUCUUCCAGUGGAAAGUUAGGAAGGAUCUAUGGGCGGCUGAGGAGAACUUUCUAGAAGCUAUAUCUGCAGACCCUACUAACUCCUUCUACGCAGCCAGCUACGCUAACUUCCUCUGGCAAACCGGUGGUGAAGAAACAUGUUUCCCGUUAGAAUCUUCUGAUUCUCCUCAGGAAAUCGCUUGAGAGAUGGCAGUGAGUGAAUGUUUGGAUUUGUUAGCAGCAAAUCUGCUGUAAAAGAGAUAGUGACAGAAAUUAGAUAGACGAUAGAAGCAAAGAGGAGUAUGUGAGUAGUGUUUUUGAGUGAAUCAUGCUUAUUAAACAUUGCUCCUCUUUGCUUCUGUGUUUGUUUUAUUCUGCAUUUUUUUUUACCACGUAGAAGUCAUUACCGUGGCAGAGUCCAUAACCAUUGGUCCACUGAUACUCUGGAUGGGAGUGUGGACCAAUAAGAACAUGUGUAGAUACAAACAGUAAUAAUCACUGAGCAUUGCCUUUUCCGUUUUGA